AAAGACGCGUUCAUUCACUGAGAGGAGAAACAUUGUAACAUGCGGCAAAAGAAAACCGCAACUAUGUUGCAUUCUUUUUAUUCCUCUUCAGCAUGACGUAUUGUGGAUACGCGCGUCAUAUACAUUUAAAUUAAAUCUAUUAACAUCGUAAUUCUCUUGGAAAAUACAUUGUAAAUCUGUGCAUUUCUAUUCUCAUCUGAGUCUACAGUAGUGUUUUCUGCGCGGAGGCGGAGCAGCAUCACUUACCAAAGAACCACGUCACUCUGUCAAACUUUGCUUUUUUUUUUUUUAAUGAAAACUUGAGCAAGCAAGAUUCAAAACCCCUUUUCUUCCUGGAGGAUAUCUGGGUCGGUGGGUAAAGAUGCAGACCGGAUUCAGAUUAAAUUUAAACCCCGUCAAAGAGCCUCUUGGUUUCGUUAAAGUCGUGGAGUGGCUUACUGCGGUGUUUGCUUUUGGGACCUGUGGGGGAUAUACAGGUAGAAAUGUGCUUUCCAUCUUCUGUGACGGAGGCGGCAAUGAAACACUUAGUGCCACUUUCAACUACCCAUUCAGGUUAAACCAGGUUCUGCUGGUUGAGAACAACACCACCCUUUGCAACCGCACAGUUUCAGAAACCCAUCUGGUUGGAGACUCCUCAUCCUCGGUGGAGUUCUUCGUGGCUGUGGCUGUCUUGGCCUUCCUGUAUGCCAUGGUGGCUCUGCUGGUGUAUCUGGGCUACAUGCAUGUAUACAGAGACUCUGACUUUGGUCCAAUGCUUGAUUUCGUGGUGACGGCUGCCUUUGCGUUCCUGUGGCUGGUGUGCUCGUCGGCAUGGGCGAGGGGUCUGCAGACGGUGAAGGAUGCCACCAGUACAGCUGGCAUUGACUUAACGCUGGCACUCUGUAAGGAAAGAGAUGUCAAGUGUGAAGUCACUGAGUAUGCCAGCAUGCGCUCACUCAAUAUAUCUGUGGUAUUUGGUUACUUAAAUCUCAUCAUAUGGGCCGGGAAUGCCUGGUUUGUGUAUAAGGAGACACGCUGGCACUCACAGAAGGUCAAUGCACAACAUGCGGCGGGCCGUGGCCCAGCUCCCGCCCCCUUCUAAACUCUGCCUCCAAAUGAUCUCCACACACAAUAACAAUGCCCAUCUCAGCCUUUGUGAAACAGACAUAACACAUUAGGUUUAUGCUUUACGUAAUUCAUAUAAGAGAGCAAUAAUCAUACACUAUAUUGCCAAAAGUAUUCGCUCAUCUGCCUUUAGACACAUAUGAACUUAAGUGACAUCCCAUUCUUAAUCCAUAGGGUUUAAUAUGACGUCGGCCCACCCUUUGCAGCUAUAACAGCUUCAACUCUUCUGGGAAGGCUUUCCACAAGGUUUAGGAGUGUGUUUAUGGGAAUUUUUGACCAUUCUUCCAGAAGCGCAUUUGUGAGGUCAGACACUGAUGUUGGACGAGAAGGCCUGGCUCGCAGUCUUCGCUCUAAUUCAUCCCAAAGGUGCUCUAUCGGGUUGAGGUCAGGACUCUGUGCAGGCCAGUCAAGUUCUUCCACACCAAACUCGCUCAUCCAUGUCUUUAUGGACCUUGCUUUGUGCACUGGUGCGCAGUCAUGUUGGAACAGGAAGGGGCCAUCCCCAAACUGUUCCCACAAAGUUGGGAGCAUGGAAUUGUCCAAAAUCUCUUGGUAUGCUGAAGCAUUCAGAGUUCCUUUCACUGGAACUAAGGGGCCAAGCCCAGCUCCUGAAAAACAACCCCACACCAUAAUCCCCCCUCCACCAAACUUCACAGUCGGCACAAUGCAGUCAGACAAGUACCGUUCUCCUGGCAACCGCCAAACCCAGACUCGUCCAUCAGAUUGCCAGAUGGAGAAGCGUGAUUCGUCCAGUGGCGGCGUGCUUUACACCACUACAUCCGACGCUUUGCAUUGCAUUUGGUGAUGUAUGGCUUGGAUGCAGCUGCUCAGCCAUGGAAACCCAUUCCAUGAAGCUCUCUAUGCACUGUUCUUGAGCUAAUCUGAAGGCCACAUGAACUUUGGAGGUCUGUAGCGAUUGACUCUGCAGAAAGUUGGCGACCUCUGCGCACUAUGCGCCUCAGCAUCCGCUGACCCCAUUUUACGUGGCCUACCACUUCGUGGCUGAGUUGCCGUCAUUCCCAAUCGCUUCCACUUUGUUAUAAUACCACUGACAGUUGACUGUGGAAUAUUUAGUAGCGAGGAAAUUUCACGACUGGACUUGUUGCACAGGUGGCAUCCUAUCACAGUACCACGCUGGAAUUCACUGAGCUCCUGAGAGCGGCCCAUUCUUUCACAAAUGUUUGUAGAAGCAGUCUGCAUGCCUAGGUGCUUCAUUUUAUACACCUGUGGCCAUGGAAGUGAUUGGAACACCUGAAUUCAAUUAUUUGGAUGGGUGAGCGAAUAUUUUUGGCAAUAUAGUGUAUGUCUGUCAUAUGUUAAUUUGCAUAUGGCAUUCAUGUGAUGUUUUUCUCAUGUCCUCUAAUGUUUUAUAACUUUCAAUUUAAAUUUUCCAGCAACACAUUCCUGUGUACUUAAAGAAGUGUCUCACCCAUAAGUGAUAAACACUUUUGUCCACAUGCAUGCUUCUGAAAUGAUUAAUUGAAACUGUAUGUUCCUCUAAUGAACUGCAUAUGUUUUUUCAAUCAAACAAUAUAAAUGUUUACUUUUUUCUUCAUUCUUAUAUCAGAAAGAAACAACUUGCAUUCAUUUUCAAUUGCUUUUAAGAAGGAUUUUUUGUUAACAUUUUUACUGAAUGGUGUUCUGAUAUGUUCCAUUAUUAAACAUUUAAUUCAUAUAUGUACAGUUGGGGGAAUCUCACGAAAACAUGUCCAAACUCUAUAGAAAAUGUAAACAUUUUAUAUAAGAAAUAUCAGAUGAAUUUGGGGGAGAAAAUAUGCUGAAUUGUCUUGAAAAAAAAAAUCCUAAUGGUUCAAAAAAUAAGCUCAUAAUAUAAUGAGAUUUUGUUCUCUUAGUUUAUAGCUAUUUCAUUUAUUUUCAUGUUUGCAUUACAUUUUUUCUAUUCAUAUAUCUUUUAUAUUAUGAUAUAUGCAAUUUGUAUGCAGUGUUAUGAGUUGCAUUUGGAGUGUUUGGUACACUUAUUGAUUUUUUUUCUGUGUGUUUUACUUUCAGUCUAACGGUUCACAGUUAUGUUAUUGUCUCUUAAAUUUCUUUGCAGACUUGUUUUUUUUUUUUUUUGCACGUUCUCCGUGCAAGUGCUUCAUGUUUUUGUUGAAUAAAACCUACUGUAAAGUGCAGCUUUGCAGCUUCGACCUUGGUGCAGUUCUGUAGGGUUUUGUGCUUCUGGGGAGAAAGAGUGAGUUCUUACCCAAAUAAAUCUGUUUCCUUAUU